AUAAAAAUGACUCUGUCAUCAAUUUUCUGUGCAUGUUUCUUGUUUCUAUUAACUAACGUCUUGCACGGCUUCAGUGAAAUUCUACAACUUCAAUAAAAAAAAAAAGUUCACACUUUGCACUUAAUGAACAGAUGAAAUCACAAAAAAAUUCGAGGUACAGACGUGUUCAUCGAAAAAUAAAACGCAAAAUUUCGAGGACCGGAUGAUAGUUUUGCAAGGCGUGGUGGACAAAUCGACCGCAGACAAACACUUCAAAGCGAUAGGUGAAUACUUGAAGCAGAAAAACUUGUCUGCUGAUGCGUUAGAGAGCGUAAAAAAAUAUACAACUUCGUUGGAAACUAAACUGCUUAUUCUUAAAGAUACCACGAAGCAGAUGUCAAUGAGGGUGGAACGGUUGAGGAAUUCAUUGCGAGCAGAACAAGAAACAGUUAAAAAUCAAACACGACAAAUCGACGAGUAUGCAAAAGCGAUAAGGGAUUAUCGUGGGAAUUUAAAUGACUUUAGGGGUGAUAAUAAAUUACUCACAGAAAAGCUGAGGAACCAAACAGAUGCACUGAGAUGUAAAAACUCCGAGGAUAUACACUCUGGUAUCCUGUUAAUCGAGCUCAUGUUUAAUGAUCUCUUCAAAGUGAAAGAGAGGGCAAAACAAUGGACCAAGUUUUAUCAGACAAUGCAGGCGAUAGUGCACCAGACGAAUACUACAACCAACGAUACAUCUGAACAAUUGAAGCCUCUGUUGAAAUUGCCCCCUGGGAAAAUUUUGAAAGACCUUGAAAUGAAUUUCAAUUCAGCGGAAAAAUUUGGACAAACUGUUGAACAAUUUAUCAAAAGACUCUCCGAUGAUAUCGAAGCUUAUCAUCAUGGCAAACCUCUCUCAGACAAUAACAUUACGAUAAUAAUGAACAAAGCUCUUGAAAUUAUUAUUGAUGCAUUUUUCUUGGAUGCUCAGAUUAGUAAAAGUAAAUUAAAGGCAAUUAAUUAAUUUGUAAGGCAAUAUCGAUUAGGUAAUUCAUAAAAAAUCAGAGGGUAAAACUUGGUUGAACUUUGAAUACCUCUACUGCGUGGUUCUAGCGGAUAAAAAUGGCAAGAGGCAUCAGUCCUCAUAGGGAAGAUUUGGCAGUUCUAGCACUGAGGUCCGUCAUAAACAACACUUUAAUGUGUGCCAAAAAAUACUGAAGCCAGUUCAAAUGACACUGACCUUACUCUUCAUCAGUAUCUCCUUGAGCUUAUGAGGACUGAUCUCAAAACAAGCACCGAUCUGCGUUAUAGUCCAUCAGUUUAUUGUCGCUACUGAUCUGAAACCAAAAUUGACUGCAUCGUUUGUU